GCAUAGUAAAAGAUCCAAAAUGUUAGGGCUAGGUUUGAAAUAAAAGUUCGAAUAUAUACGGAACAAUAAAUACCUCUCUAUAUAUAUAUCACAUAAAUUAUUGGAAAAUAGUCAUCAAAUAUAUUGAAAGAAACCAACUGCAUAAAUUUAAAUAUAGAGUGAGUAAAAUAGAAAGAGAGAAAAAAACCAAAUCUUUCGAUGGAGCGAGUUUUGAAGAGGUGGGGAACCGCCGGCGGUGGCGUUGCUACCUUCCUCUUCUUCUUGAGGAUGGUACGGAGGCAUUUGCCGGUCGGCCUCCUCCGCCUUCUCAACCGGUGGUCGGAGAAGGUGAAUAUCUUCUUCAACCCCUACGUUCAAAUCUCCAUCCACGAGUACAUCAAGAGGAACAUGACGCCUCACACCGCGUACGCGGCGGUGGAGGCCUAUCUCGGCGCCAUGUCGGUGAAAGAAGCCUCCAGACUCAAGGCGGAGAUGGUGAAUAAUGACGCGACGCCGGAUGGGAAGCCGCUUCUGGCUUUGAGCAUGGAUGAGCAUGAGAGGAUUGAUGAUGAGUUCCGUGGGGCGGAAGUGCAGUGGGUUGCGUGCAAACUUCAACCACGCCUUUCGAAGGAUUCGUAUCCCGAGGUGGAGAACCGAUCUUACAAGCUCAUUUUUCACAAGAAAUAUAGGGACUUGAUGGCGGACUCCUACUUGAAUCACGUAGUGAGGAAGGGGAAGGAGAUUCUAGGACGAUACAAACCGCUUAAGCUUUACACAAACAAUGUCUCGGGCAAGGCGUUGUGGAGCCAUGUCGUGUUUGAUCAUCCUGCUAGCUUUGAGAAACUAGCGAUGGAUGCAGGCAAGAAGAAAGAGAUCUUGGAUGAUUUGAUUGCGUUCAAAGAGGGUAGGGAUUACUAUGCAAAGAUUGGUAAAGCCUGGAAGCGCGGGUAUUUACUUUAUGGGCCCCCCGGUACAGGAAAAUCAACUAUGAUCGCUGCAAUGGCGAACUUUCUCAAUUACGAUAUUUAUGAUCUUGAGUUGACUUCGGUUAGUGACAACACCAAGCUCAGAGAGCUAUUGGCAGAAACAACGAGUAAAUCGAUCGUUGUCAUUGAGGACAUUGAUUGUUCGCUUGAUAUUACCGAAAGUAGAAACAAAAGCUUAGAAGUCAACAUUGAGAAGACCAAUGAAGAUUCUGUUCUCUCGAGAGCUCGUGGGGGUAGGGGUCCAAGCAAGGUCACUCUCUCUGGAUUGUUGAACUUUAUAGACGGUUUAUGGUCUACAUGUAGUGGAGAACGAGUAAUUGUGUUCACCACCAACCAUGUCGAGAAGUUAGAUCCCGCUUUAACGAGGAGGGGGAGAAUGGACAAGCACAUCGAGCUGUCUUAUUGUACUUUUGAGGGAUUUAAAGUGUUAGCAAGAAACUACCUAGAAUUGGAAGAUCAUCCCUUGUUUGAAUCGAUAGAGGUUCUGAUGAGGGAGACUAUGAUCACACCUGUGGAUGUUAUCGAGAAUCUCAUGCCCAAAUCAUGUGUGGACGAUAGAGACAGACGCCUAGAAAAUCUUAUUCAGACCCUAAAACAAGCAAAACAACAUAUUAAGGCAGAUCAAGGCAAAAAUGAAAUGGAAGGGAAUUAGUCCAUCACCAAAGACAACAAGUUUCGAAGAAUUGAAAACAAGUAAUUUACUAUUGAUUUUCAUGUUUCUUUCCAUGCUCCCUAUCCUAGUAUUUAAUGUUAU